AUGUAUUCACCCUCACACAAUACAACCAGCUUCAGCGGAAACAGAUAUACCGUGGGUAGGAAAAUAGCUCCAAGAGGUCGUACAAUCAUAUUAGACAAUGCAAGUGAAGAAAGUAGAGCUGAUUUCCUGACGCUAGAAGGAGAUUCACCGAACAUGCUUAACAGCUUAGCAGCUGCCAUCAAAUUGAGACCGACCGAUGAGAUUUACGCAACGGUGGGCGCACUUCAGUCACAUCUAAUGCUCAACGGGUCAGACUGGUGGAAACAAAGACUCAAUCAAGGAGUUCCAUCCCCUCAAGUCGUUUCAGGUAUUAAAUACGGUGUGGCGUUGGCUGAAUGGUGCGAGGCGGAAAAGCGCAAAUCUAAUGUAGAAGGUACAUCUCAACAAGGUGACGAGGCAACCGUUCCACAGACUCUCGGUGAAAUGACCUCUCUGGACAAGCGAGCAUACUUCGUUGAAGCCUUUCGUGAUGGAAAGCAGUGGAUGCAAAAUAUGGAGAAACAAGUUUUAACUCGCUCAAACACCAUGGAACCCCUUGAUCCGGAAAACAUCUCUGAGUUAGCAGAAUGUUGCAGCUUCCCAAUUGACCAAUGUCAGACACUCAACCCAGCGGCGACACAGUCAGGAAUUGAAUUCCUCCUAGAUAUAUACGCUCAAUCACAGAAGCUCCAAAGGGGAACUCAUCCCAAUUCUGCGGUGUUGGUCACGGCAGCUACUCCUACUGCGAGUGGCUUGACCGGUCAGGAAGCAGGAAUGUGGGCUGGACAACAUCAAAAGAUGACAGAAUUCAGAAAGAGAUUCGUAGGUAAAGAUGCGGGAUUGGACGAAAUGGGAAGUAAAUUCCUGGACGUAAUCGAGGGAUAUAUUGGGCUUGAAGAGUUUCCUGUAAGAGAGAUAGAAGAUACGGAAUCCGUUGAUACGUGGCUUAUGAGUAACGUUCCUUCAAUUUAUGGGACUGUGAAAACUGAGAAAUCACCAUUAUUCGAUGAUUUGAAGGAGUACAUCCAUUGGUUAGGGCAGAAAAAACAACUUGAAAGUCAAGCUAUAUCAACAGAGAAUUCUGAAAUCACAGAUCACGAGGAAGAACCCACAGACUUGGUGAUGUUCGACUACAGCCCAAGUGACACGGGUGAAUGUCAACCUUCACCUGCUAUGACGAUUCAAGGUCCUUCAGAGGCCGUUAACAAAGAUACAGAAGACGUGGAGGUAGAAUGGGAAGAGUCAAACCUGGAUGAUUUUUCGGACGUGAUGAUAUCACAACUGAGCAAUCUUCUCUUUGCUGAAUUCCGACCCGUCCCCGCUGCUGAUUUUUGA